CGUUGUCCGGGCCGUUGGCGCACACGUGGUUUGUGGAAGUCUCGAGGCGGCGGCGGGCGGGGGCAGGCUGCGGGCUGCGGGGCCGAAGCCCCGAGGGCGCCCGCGGCGGCGUCCAGGGCCUGCAGCGCGCCGGCGGCGAGGCGCAGGAAGAUGCUCGAGGUCCUGGUGCUGAAGAUUGAAGAUCCAGGUUGUUUCUGGGUUAUUAUAAAAGGAUGUAGUUCCUUUUUAGAUCAUGAAGCUGACUAUCAAAAACUAAAUAGUGCCAUGAAUGACUUCUAUAACAGAAUGUGUCACGAUAUAGAAAUAAAACCGCUAAUGUUGGAAGAAGGGCAGGUUUGUGUGGUUUAUUGUCAGGAACUAAAGUGCUGGUGCAGGGCUGUGAUUAAGUCCAUCGUGUCUUCAGCAGACCAUUACCUGGCAGAAUGUUUCCUUGUGGAUUUUGCCAAGUACAUUCCAGUGAAAUCCAAAAACAUCCGAGUUGCAGUAGAAACUUUUAUGCAGCUUCCCUACAGAGCGAAAAAGUUCAGACUGUACUGCACAAAGCCUGUCACAUUGCACAUUGACCUCUGUGAAGACACGGCUGAGAUUGCACCCGCCAGGAAGUGGGACAGUGCAGCUGUUCAGUACUUUCAGAACAUUCUAAAAGCAACUACCCAGGUGGAAGCCAAGUUAUGUGCUGUGGAAGAAGAUACUUUCGAGGUUUACCUUUAUGUAACUAUAAAAAAUGAAAAGGUUUGUGUGAAUGAUGAUCUGGUUGCAAAGAACUUCGCUUGUUACGUGUCACCCGUGGAGAGUAAAAACCUUGAUUCUUUAGAGAAACCAAGACUGGAUAUAAAGUCAGCAUCCUUUUCUAAUAAACUCAAUCCGGCGCUUACUCUCUGGCCAAUGUUUUUGCAAGGAAAGGAUUCUCAAGGAGUGAAAAAUUCGCAUGGUUUAACUUCCCUGGCACAGUCUCUCCAGCAUCCGUGGCCCAAGGGUGUUGUUGGUGGCCGGGGGCCCACCGCUGCGAUCCUGGAUAAAACUAUAAAAUGUAAUAUGGAUUCAUUGAGAGAUUCACCUAAAAAGAAAUCUGAAAAGAAACAACAGUGCAUCUCUUUAAAAGAUGUAAAUAAGUGUGUUGAAUCUUCAGUGUACUGGCCAACAAAAAGAGGCAUCACCAUAUACGCUGACCCAGAUAUACCAGCAGCAAGAGCUGUAUGUCAGAAGGCAAAUGAGAAAUCACUUAGAUUGGCUGAGAAGAAAGAAUACAAUGAGAAGAAUGGCUGUGUGAAAUUAUUGCAGUUUUUAAAUCCUGAUCCUUUGAGAGCUGAUGGAAUCUCUGAUCUGCAGCAGGUGCAGAGGUCGCCGUGGGGCGCGCGCCCACCGCUGGCCGUGCUCCGGAACAGCAUCGAGCCGUGCCUGUCCCUCGGCUCGUCGCCGCUCUCCGCAGACCUGAAAAGGGCUCUUCAAAGAAAUAAGUUUCCAGGACCUAGCCACACCGAGUCUUACUCUUGGCCUCCCAUAGCACGUGGCUGUGACGUGGUCGUCAUUGCUCACUGCGGAAAUGACCCUCUGCUGUACCUUCCACCCGUGCUUACGAUUUUGCAGACAGCGGGUUGCUACAAGUCGUUACCGAGUAGAAAUGGACCUCUGGCAGUCUUCGUGUGCCCUGGAUGGAAGAAGGCCCAGUUUGUUUUUGAAUUAUUGGGAGACUACGGCACGUCCUCCAGGCCGCUUCAUCCCGUGUUGUUAACCAUCGGACUCCACAAGGAUGAAGCCAAAAAUAUGAAGCUUCCACGGGGCUGUGACGUGAUUGUUACGACACCACACAGCCUCCUGAGACUGCUCAGAUAUCAGAGCUUGUUGUUUCUUAGACUCUGUCACCUGAUCCUGGACGAGGUGGAGGUAUUAUUCUCUGAAGCCAGGGAACAAAUGUUUGCUAUAUUAGAUAACUUUAAAAAAAAUAUUGAAGUUGAAGAAAGGGAAUCGGCACCCCGUCAGAUCGUUGCGGUCGGAGUUCACUGGGACAGACACGUGGAGCAUUUGCUCCGAGAGUUCAUGAGCGAGCCGUCCGUGGUGAUCACGGCCCUGGAGGAGGGCGCUCUCUAUGGCAGUGUGCAGCAGGUGGUGCAUCUUUGCCUAGAAUGUGAAAAAACCUCUACUUUACUCCAAACUCUUGAUUUCAUCCCAAGUCAGGCACAAAAGACGCUGAUAUUCACCUGUUCUGUAGCUGAAACAGAAACAGUGUGCAAGGUAGUAGAAAGCAGUUCCAUAUUCUGCUUGAAAAUGCACAAAGAGAUGGUUUUUGAUUUAAAAAAUGUUUUAGAGCAGUGGAGGAAGAAGUUAAGUUCUGGCUCUCACAUUGCGUUAGCCUUGACUGAUGAUUGCAUCCCGCUCCUGGCCAUCACUGAUGCCACGUGUGUGAUUCACUUCAGCUUUCCUUCCUCUCCAAAAAUUUUUGGCGGACGCCUAUAUUGCAUGUCUGAUCAUUUUCACAGUUCAGCCGAACAGGGUUCUCCUGCAGAACAGGGAGAUAUAAAAACCAAAUCUGUGUUGCUGCUGACGGAGAGAAAUGCAUGCCAUGCAGUUGGUGUCCUGCGCUACUUGGAGCGAGCAGAGGCCAAGAUUCCACUGGAGCUGUACGAGUUCACUGCGGGGGUUCUGGAAGCCAAAGAAGACGAAAAAGCCACCAGGCCUCUUUGUCCGUAUCUUAAGGCUUUUGGUUUUUGCAAAGACAAAAGACUCUGUCCUGAGCGACACCAUAUUAAUCCAGAAAGAGACGCGCCAAGGAAACUGUCCAACCAGGCUGUGCCGGGGUUUGGGUGUAUUAAAAUAAUACCCUUGUAUAUUUUGAAUGCAACAAAUUACUUUGGUCGUAUCGUUGAUAAACAUGUGGAUCUUUACGCAACUCUUAAUGCUGAAAUAAAUGAGUAUUUUGAGGAUUCCAGUAAUAAAACGACUGUUGAGAAGGUGGAGAAACUUGGAUUAUAUGGAUUAGCAGAAAAGACACUUUUUCACAGGGUUCAGGUGCUGGAGAAAAGCCAAAAAGAUGACACCUGGGCCCCCGACAACGUCCUCGUGAAGUUUAUAGACGAGGGCAGGACUGCACUCGUCCCGAGGGAGCAGCUGCUGCGCCUCCCCGAGCGCUUCCACGCGCUGCCCCCCCAGGCGGUGGAGUUUAUUGUUUGUAGAGUGAAGCCUGCUGACAACGAAAUCGAAUGGAAUCCCAAGGUUACUCGGUACAUUCAUCAUAAAAUUAUUGGAAAACUGCAUGAUGCAAAGGUGAUAAUGGCUUUGGGAAAUACAGUUUGGAUUGACCCAAUGGUGCACAUUACAAAGCUUUCCAAUUUGAAAACUUCUGUCGUCGAUUAUAAUGUUCGAGCUGAAAUUUUGUCAAUGGGAAUGGGCGUUGAUAAUUCAGAACAUAUAGAACAACUGAAAAAAUUAUACGAAGGAGCCAAAAUGCCAGCUUGUGAAGAAAGCCUGAGCCAAACCCUGACGCCUUCAUCAGCAGAAGAUGCCGCUCGGCAGCACACACGGCAAGGGGACAGGGGCUCAGAAAGAGGUGCGGCCUGCGAGGCAAAUUCAGCACACCAGAAGCAUGAUGCUUUACCUGAAGACACUGGAGGUGCUCCCAUUAACAAAACUCCAGGGCCUCUGCAGAGCUUCCACCCACAAAUAAAAUGGUUCCAAAAAGACGAUGUGGUCAUAUUAAAGAUACAACUAAGGAAUGUAAAAGAUUGCAAAUGCAAAUAUUUCAGAAAUAGAGUUGUGUUCAGUGCCUGGGUGGGAGAGAAAUUUUACUUGGCUGAUAUGGAGCUGCAGGCCAACAUCAUAAAAGAUGAUUGCAAAUGCAUGAUCCAAAAUGAUGAACCUGUCAUCACUCUUGCAAAGGCGAGACGGGAGUCGUGGUGUCGCUUACUCAAACAGCGGAAUCCGAAUGUGGCUUUUGACUUUGAUCACUGGGAAGAAUGUGAAGAGGAUAGCCACUUCUCCAGGGUUGUAAAUUCCAAAAAUCUCUCCUGCAAAGUGACAGAGUGGGUGGAGAGCAGUGACGAAACUUCCGGAGAUGAGGGAAGUGAGAGUGAAUGAGGACGCGAGUCAAAGCCUGAAGGGGCCGGCAGACUGCACCAGAGCGGAUGCUGCGGGGACCCAGAGUUCGGAGACCACGCAGUCCCAGUCCAGCUUCCCCACCUCACGGAGAAGUGAGGACUGAGUGUCCCCUUGUGCCACUGGGGUUUGUGAUGGUGAGAAGUUCUGAAGUGAUUUAAAAAUGGGCUCAUGGGAAGACUUUCAAAGGAGGUGGAAGCAGGGAAAAGCAGAGACACAGAAAGUACUGGUCCAGCCCAAGCCCAGCUCACACACAGUCUGUUCUGCUCGUUGCCGUUCACACGAAGCCCAUCCUGACACACUCAAGCUGAGGGAUACAGAGCAGACCGUGGCAUUUGGGUAAUGAAUUGUACUCUCUGGAGUUAGUUCGUUUUUUUCUUAGACCUACGUUCAGUACACUUCUAAAAACUGGUCUUGUGCAUAUAAAUUGAGGUUUCUGUCUUACAGGUUUAUACUCAGGACUGCUUAACAGCCUUUCACCCGUGAGAUAGUGGGGAUUCAGCAUAACUGUGUGCUAAUACUUUCAGUAUUCUGGAAAUAUCGCUGGCUACUCAGAGUAAGUUCACUGCUCAUGAAGACAGACGCCAAGGAUAAAAUGGGGUUGCCUCAGCAGUACCAGCCAGACCCAGGGCCUUCUGGUGAUAAAGCUGCUGCUUCUGAAGAACCCCGAGCCUGCAGGUCCUGGGCAUAUGGGGCUGAAAAGGACCAGUGGGGUGCCGGGAGGUGGCCCUUGGAACCUGGAUGUGAUGACCCUAAGAACAUUCAGGACUGCAUCCUGGGGUGAGGCUGUGGCUCCCAGGUCACGAGGUUAUUAGGAUGAAUGUGCAUGGUUGUUACCACUUAAAUGUGGGAAUGCCCAGAACCUGACUUUUCAUGCUGAUUAAAAAGUUAGAAAGGUGAGCUACUGGGAAAUUUAAACCCAAAGCACUUCUUCAGCGUGAGUCUGGCAGCUUUCCUAGAAGUGGAAGAGAACGCUGCUAGAGCAUGACUGUGGUGGCUGCCCCGGGAGCUUUAUUCUGUUUAUUCAUCAGAAAGCACAGGCGCCCAAGUGUGUGUACGUCCCAGUGUCAGCCCCCGCCUGAGAGGUGAACUCUGUCACCGGGCUGUUCUGUGAGCAGGUUUGGGUCACACUCUCGCUCUCAGUUUCCUCAUCUGUAAAAUAAGACAUUCCGCUCGUUGCGCAGCCUCGUGUUGCCUCAGGGAGUGUCCCAGAACUCCACCGGCUCGGCGCCUUUGUUGUGCACAGAGGCUCGUGAUGGGGGGUGAGACCUGUGCCCUCUGGAGGGAGGACGUGGUGUCCAGCCUGGACCGCUGCUGGGAGCAAGUCCUCACUGCUGCCGUGACUCCCGUGGGUUGACUGGCAGCUGUCAAAUUGGCACAUGAAGUAGAGUGGCGAUUUUCCUUUGCCUUGGCUAAAUUGAGCAGGCUCUUCACAGGUACGAGGUUCUGGUGGCUCUGCUGGCAAAGGUUCUGGCUCAGCAGAGCUCUUCGAGUGUCCCCCUCAGGAGGUGGUUUCUGUAGAUGCAGCUUUGCUCCCUCUGCUGAGGCCUUUGUGUUGGCAGCCAGGCCUCCUGAGCCGCCCUGGCGUCCCCUGGCAUUCGUGGCCGUGGCAGUCUACGCUCGGCUGUACGCAGUCUCUUUUGUAAAACAUAGCAAAUAACAAUAGCGAGUAAUAGAGUUGCCCAAAUACGUGUUUCCAUGUACAGAUGGGGCCCUGCUCUCAAAGAAGACAUGAUGCUCGUUCUCGUGUGGCGUUCACAGCCAGCUCGACAAAAAUAUUGGGGCAGGAGGGCUAGGUGUUUCAAUCUUGAUUUCUUUUUUCAGAAUUUAAAUUUCUACUGUUCGAAGUUCCGAAUCCUAUACUGUAGGACUUGGGAUGCUGACUUGUGAAAUGGAAACAAUUACUAACUGUUAUUUUGUUCUGCUGUUAAUAUGUACUGAUUUCGUGUUUUGGGACAAUUUCUGAAAUGCAAAGUAAAAGUACUUGUGUGUCUCUGCUUCUAAAAUUGCUCACCUAGUCAAUUGUAGCAUGAAGCCUUUUGCAGUACAUCAAUAAAAUUUCCAUGUUUUCACAGAAAUGUU